AUGAGAGAUUCGUUAAGAGGUUCGUACAAUUGGGAUGAUCCCUUACCUCCUCAUCUAUUGGACAGAUGGUCUAAUUGGAAAGACUCUUUGAAAUCCCUUGAAGAUGUGCAUAUUCCAAGAACAUACGCCCCCAUCUCUCUACAAGAGACCUUGUCCACGGAGCUUCAUAUUUUCUCGGACGCCUCGGAAACGGCCAUAGCCUCAGUGGCCUAUUUGCUUACAGUUGAUGCGUCAAACAACAUUCAUGUGGGAUUUGUUUUGGGAAAGUCUAAGCUCGCACCGAUGAAAGGACAUUCUGUUCCACGCUUGGAACUCCGUGUAGCAGUGAUGUCUGUCCAGAUAUAUGAUAUUAUCAGUGAUGAACUUGACAUAAGCUUCAACUCUGUGCGUUUUUACACCGACAGUCUCGUUGUUCUAGGUUAUAUACAUAACCAAAGCAGGCGAUUCUAUAAGUAUGUAGAAAACCGGAUCGAACGAAUCAGGAAGUCUACGACACCUGACCAAUGGAAUUAUGUUCCAACCAAGUCUAUUCCAGCAGAUUCUGGCACGAGAAAUGUGACUGCUGAAGACAUUAUCAACAACAGGUGGAUCUUAGGCCCACCUCAACUCAGAGAACCAAUUGAAGAUAAUCUCAAUACAGAAUACCAUCUCUGUGAUCCUGAGAAUGACACUGAAAUUCGCAAGAUUAGAGAGGUUGAAACUCUGAAAACAACUACAGACAACAAAAAUGAUCAACUUGAGACAUUUCACAUAAGUCAUAGCUAG